AUGGGCCUCCUCGCGCAAGCAGCCAAGGCCCUCUCGGCCUUCAGCGGCAACAAAGGCCGAUCAGCCGUGCGCCCCACGCCCCAAUAUGUACCUGCUAAAGCUAAGCCAGCACCAAAGAAGCGCCCCCCUCCGCUACUGCCGAAGCAUCGCGACCCGCCCCUCGAGGAGGUCGAAGCUACGCUAAGGGAGAAGCCCCGGGACAAGCGCUCUUUGAUUUUGGCGGCGAGAUUUAGAUUUAGAGAGGGUGACUAUCGGGGGUCCAUCGACGCCGCUUGCAAAUCUAUAGAAGAGGGCGGGCCCUCGAUGGAGCUCGAACUGCUCCAGAUCCGGGCCCACGCGGCCUGGUGGGCCUCGACGCGGAAGGGGCCGUCCGGUGCUGGCGAUCGCAAGAACAUGCAGUACUUCUUGGAGAGAGCCGUGCACUUUGCGGGCAAGACUCUCGCCUGGCCGCGCUUCGCGAGACGCGUUUCUUUGAUACUGGAGACGGCGGGCGCGCACUUUCGAGCGAAUAACCACCAGAAAGCGGCGGAUCUCGUGGCCUUCGCCGUCACGCAGCAAGUGGAGGGGGAAGUUGGCAAGCUGGCCCAGUACGCGUUGGCUCAUAUUGCUCUAGCCGGUGGGCGCGCCGACGCGGCGAUUCAAUUACAUGAAGAGUUAGAAUUAACGUACUGGUUGAAGGAGGACGCGUCCUGGCGUCAUGUCAGAGACGGCUACGGGAUGGCCGAAAAGGAGUCGUGCUGCCUACUCCCGUUGCCUCCGCUGGACAUUCAUCGGGAGGUCGAGGACCUGGCUUUUAGACUCGCGGCGGACCAUGCUGAUGUCCUGGUGUCCCAGGCGCGGUUGUACGCUGCCUUGCAGGAACCGAGCCGGCACAAGCAAGGCGAGCGAGACCGGUUUCUCGCCGAUCGCAUGGAGUUAAAUGAAUGGAUGAGUGACCCAAUGCCUCUGAAGCUUUUCGGGGAUAAGUACCGGGAGGACGGCGGCGAAAAGGGCUUGUGCCGGGCGAGCCCCGCGGUCGCGUUGGCGUUGUAUAAAGCCUCGUUAUCAAAGAUGCCGGAGGAGGACCGGUGGCAGGGUUCUGACGAUGUUGAUGAGGUGCGGUUAGCUAUUGCCGAGUGUCUGGAAGAGCUCGGUGACUACGAGCGGGCGUUGGAAGAAGCCCGGGUGACGUUGCGGGGGCGGCCCCUGGAGGAGGUCGACACUCGACUCAGUGCCUUGCUCGCGCGCUUGUCGCAGGAAGCCUUGCCGCCCGACGCCCCGGAGGCGGUGGAGUAUCGGCGCGUCGCGUCCAUCAAGAGCGUCGCCGCGCGGAAGAUUCAACUCAGACACAAGAGAUUCGCCGUCGCCAAGGAUCGGUGGGCCGCGACCAUGGUCCAGGCGCGCUGGCGAGGACUGCGCGCCUUCCGCAAGCAGAAGGAGUGGCAGGAGUUUUUGCGGGGCAGUCGCUUCGCCGAGGGCCUCACGGGAGAAGUGGGCGAAGAAUUUUUGAGGGGGCAGCGCCAGUUCAUCGCGGAGUUGGAGACGAUGACGCUGAAUCAGCGGGAGCGGGCCAUCGCGAAGCGGAAGAGAGAACUCGAGGCGAUGAAGCCGUACCUCGAGACGGAGGAGGACCGUAGAAAAGCAGCAGAGCGCAACCGCCAGCGCGCCGCGCAACGGUGCGGCAAGGCGUGGCUGGGACGGGACGCGGGCCACUCUACGAGAAUGGACUUACGGACGCAAGGUUGGGUCUGUGGACGGGCCCAGGACUGGGCGCGCGCGGACCGGGACCUCGCGUCCGUGCCGUUCGCGUCGCCGGCGCGGCACCGCGGCACCGGCGGGUGGGCCAAGGCCUCGGCGCCGGCGCGCGUCGCCGUCAUCCAGGCGCGAGCGGGCGGCGCGCCCAUCGCCUCGUGCUCAGAUAGUGCACUGAAGGACCUGGGUCGCGCAGACGCACUCAUCAUAAGGAGGGCCCUCGCGACGAGCCGCGACAUCAUACGAAUUUCAAAGGCGAUUUCGCCGCCGGACCAUCCGGAGACGCCGCGCGAGGGGCCCGUGUUGCACGCGCUGGAGUUGGACUGCCCGCGCGUCUGCGGCGUGGGGUUGGAGGCGCUCUGUCGCGCCGUGGAGCGGCUGCCCGCGUUGACGUCGCUGCGCGUCGAUCGCGCGGACAACGCGAUUUCCUAUCGAGGGUUGGACGCCUUGGCUCGGGUGCUGCGCGCGUCGCCGACGCUCGCGCGACUGGCCGUGACCGGCAAUAAUGUGGGGACAGCGCUGGUGGGGCCGGUCCUGGCGAACGCCCUGCCGGAUGCCACAAAGCUCGUGUCGCUGCGGCUGGCCGCGUGUAGGCUGGACGACGCUCAGGCCUCGCAGCUCGCCUAUGGUGUGAAAGAUGCUUCGUCCUUGCGGGAAUUGCAUCUGGAGCACAAUGCGUUCGGCGCGACGGGCAUCAAGCACCUGCUGUUGACCGGCGUGCUGGGACGGAAAAGCGGACAGACCCUCUGGACGCUCACGCUGCGGGACCAGCGACCUUCUCUACGACGGUGCGACGUCCGCGACGCCGCUCAAGCGGUCUCGUUGCAACGCGACGACCCCGAGGACGUCAAGUUGUUUGAUAACGGCUCGGAGCCGGUCGACGAGCGCUACUGGGCGUCGCACGGCUUCGCGGCGCCGAAACUCGAACACGAGGUGCCGGGGGCGCGCAUCCUACCUCCCUUACAAGUAGAGCCCGGCGCCAAGGUGCAGGUGCGCUGGCUCCAGCAGCGGCUGCGCGACGCGGAGACGCGCUGGCGCGACGCGACGGUCACGCAAGUGGCCUCUACAACAGUCAAGGUGCGCUACGAGGGGCCGGGCGGCAACUUCGCCGAGGACGUGUCGCCGUACUUGCUACGGUGGCCGCCGGCCGACGACGAGGACGGGCCCACCGAGGACUGGUCGCGGCCGGCGUCGUCGCCGUCGCGCGCCGGCACCGCGCGGGCCCGGACCGCCGAGGCGCCGCCCGAGCAGGAGCUGCGGCUGCCGCGGUCACAGGCCUACGUGACCCGAGACGGUCUCGUUGGCACGAUAUCGACGCGCGACCUGAUCAAGACUCUGCCACGGCGCGAGGACCGGGCGAUCAUGGGACUCGUGCCGCGGCCGCCCACUCCCGUCCCCCCGCACGACGACGCGCUCGCCGCGCUGCCCGUGACGGCGGUCAACCUUGCGAUUGAGCACGAGCCGAGCGAGCUGCCCGUCGGGAAGGGGCUCGACGCGUUCGCGACGGACCACGACUUCGCCAAGUUCGCCGAGGACCGGCGGCGGAGCCUGCGGACGACUGUGUUUUUCUAGUACUUCUAGUAAGGAGAGUAUAUGUUAU